AGACAGAUAAGAGCAGAUCUGACGCACAUGGGAAAAGUCUGUAGCUGGUACAGAACCUUUUAAAACGACCAGAGUGGUUUAUUAAGAUCCCGCUGAUGGUGUUGCAGCUGCUCGACGCCUCCGCCUGGCAUUUUUACGGAAGUGAAGUAAGUUCUGGAUACAAUGCUCUAUUUACGUUCUUCUUUUUUUAAAACGCCACCAUCGUUAUAAUGGCUGCACACCCCGUCGCCCUUCCUAUAUUUAGACCGUACUUAUACUUGUUGCAGCGCACUCUAACUCAGUAUUUGAAGUUGUACAAACUAGAAUUCCUAUAUAUUGUGACCCACCUACUUCCACACUAAAUAUUCCCAACCACACUUUCGCAGAACGAGGUUCAAAAUAAAAGUAGUUGAUCGGGCAGAUUCCCCCCCCCCCUUCCUCCCCCUCCUCGCCUUUUUUUCUGCUCCGGUCUUUCUAGAUCGCGCCGAGCAGCCAAUCAAACCGCCGAGCGGCACCGGCCCCUCUUCUCCGAGGUCUCCAGAAAGUUCUGCGCCGUGGAGAGGCUAUAAGUGCCGGCCAUCUUCCUGCCGCAGCCUCAGAGCAGCGUUGGCGCCAGCAGGGACCAGAGCCGCCGGCAAGUUGUCAACAUGGUUCACGAAACCGGUUACUACGAUCUCCUGGGUGUCGGCCCCACGGCGUCUCCCGACGAGAUCAAGAAAGCCUACAGGAAGCUGGCCCUCAAGUACCACCCGGACAAGAACCCCAGCGAAGGCGAGAAGUUCAAGCUCAUAUCUCAAGCAUAUGAAGUUCUGUCCGAUCCAAAGAAGAGAGACUUGUAUGACCAAGGAGGAGAACAGGCAAUCAAAGAGGGAGGCGUAGGUGGAGGAAGCUCCCCCAUGGACAUUUUCAACAUGUUCUUCGGAGGUGGGGGGCGGACGCAAAGAGAGAGGCGAGGGAAGAAUGUCGUCCACCAGCUUAGUGUUACACUGGAGGAGAUGUAUAACGGUGCAACCAGGAAGCUCGGACUGCAGAAGAAUGUCAUUUGUGAAAAAUGUGAAGGUUAUGGUGGCAAGAAGGGGGCCUUGGAGAAAUGCACCAACUGCAAAGGAAGAGGAGUACAGGUCAAGGUGCAACAGAUUGGGCCAGGCAUGAUUCAGCAGAUCCAGAGCAUGUGUUCAGACUGCCAGGGACAAGGCGAGAGGUUCAGCCCCAAGGACCGGUGCAAGAACUGCAAUGGGCACAAGGUAGAACGCAAGAAGAAGAUCCUCGAAGUCCAUAUUGACAAAGGUAUGAAAGACGGCCAGAAAAUUACAUUCCACGGCGAAGGCGACCAAGAACCUGGACUGGAGCCUGGGGAUGUAAUCAUUGUGCUGGAUCAGAAGGAUCACACUCUUUUCCAGAGACAAGAUGAUAAUUUAAUAAUGAAGAUGAACAUUAAACUUGUCGAGGCCCUGUGUGGUUUCCAGAAGACCAUUCAAACAUUAGACAACAGAACCCUCAUUAUCACCUCACAUCCAGGUGAAGUAAUCAAGAACGGUGACUUGAAAUGUGUACAAAAUGAAGGCAUGCCACUUUACAGGGAUCCCUAUGAAAAGGGUCAGCUUUUAAUUCAGUUCAUGGUGGAAUUCCCAGAAAGACACUGGCUCCCAGAGCAUCUCAUGUACCAGCUGGAAAGACUGCUUCCACCUCGGGAUGAUGUCAUGAUUACUGAUGAGAUGGAGGAGGUGGAACUUUGUAUGCCAGACGUACAGACGCAACAGAAAGCUUACAGUGGGGAAGCCUAUGAGGAAGAUGACGACAGUGGUCCCAGAGGAGUGCAAUGCCAAACACAGUGAUUGAAGUUUAUAAAUGUUGGUGUGCAAAUAUUUGGGGGAAUUUGCAUAUGCUUUCUUUUUUGACCCAUGCCUUUUUAAGUCCAGUUUUUUCAGAGUAAUGCUGAUAUGAUGUCCAUGUUUUAUUUUUGUCACGUUCAACACAUGCUUAUGUAGUCUCUGAUACACAAACUGUAAUUUGGCAUUACUGCUGCUAUUUAAGAUCCAUGUGUUUUAUAUGUACAGUAUGUUUCCACAAAUUUUUAUUUUUGCUUUGUGACGGGUGGUGACGAGUAUUUUUCCGUUACUUCUCAAUAAAGGUUUAAGAAUAAUUUA